GAACACGGGUUGUCCAUGCUCUCGCCAUGUCAUUCCUUGUAGGACCAUUAUCCGGUGCCCUUGUGGCAGGAGGCGUAUACUAUGGUUUCUCGACUAUGAUUCAGUCGAAUACCGAGAGGCACAAGGCCGAUCUUUAUUCAUUGUCUCGCCGUCUCGUUGACGCAUCAACUAUCCCCGCUCCACCUUCCGCAGCUGCCAGGAUAGAAGAGAGCCGGUUUAAUACCGUUCUCAAAAGUCGUUGGAACACCGAAGUUGCAACCCUGUUUCAGAGUAUUGGGGAGUUGGACCAAAAGGCUGUAGCUUGGGGGAAACGUGUGUUGUAUGGUGGCGACGUGAAAGCUGAUCAAUAGACACGAUAUGGUGAUUACUAUUCUGAGUCGUGAACUCGUGCAAGAUGAACUGCGACAGACCAGUAAGCAUCCUGACAGAAGGUGAAACCUCGGACACAGUGAACUCUAAAUUUCCAAGUGCUACAAUGCCAUUUACUU